AUCAGUGAGAAAACUACACAAAAAAACAUCAUGAAUUGCCUCAAAUCCAUGUCUGGUCUCUUCUUUCUGAUCAUGACAAUAGUAGUGCCGCCGGGAGUAUCGGUAAGGCAGCCAAGUCCAAACUGCACCACCACAUGCGGCGGUGUCAACAUCACAUUCCCCUUUGGCACAACCCCAGAUUGCUAUCUACAACCGUCUUACCUUAUCGUCUGCAACGACACCCAUUUCAAUCCUCCCCGACCAUUUCUGGGUCGUAACACAAAAACUUCCCCUCAAGUGCUGGACGUAAUGCACCAUGGACAAUUGCGUGUCUCAUCACGUGUUGCUCGUAAUUGCUACGACCAGUCUGGCGAUCCGAUCAAUGAGGAGACCUUAAUAGCGACCCAAGUUCUGCCAAACAACUUCUUCUUCUCCGAUACGAAAAACAAGUUGAUGGGUAUCGGUUGUGAUACUGUAGUAGUAGGUGUAGGCACCUUAAAUGUUAACUUUACUUCCGGUUGUGUAUCUCUCUGCGCUAGUCCUCAGGAUGUUACCAAUGGAUCUUGCUCUGGUUUUGGGUGUUGCCAGACUUCUAUACCCAAACAGGUAAAGCUCUAUGGGCUUGGAAUUGGCAGUUUAAAUAAUCAUACGAAUGUUUGGGAAUUUGAUCCGUGCAGCCAUGCUUUUCUUGGCGAAACCAACGCUUUCAACUUUACAUUAUCCGACAUUCGUGGCCUAUUAGAUAGGAAGAGUUUUCCUGUUAUGUUGGAUUGGGCGAUUGGGAAUAAGACUUGCGAAGAAGAAAGGAAGAAUUCUUCGAGCUUCGCUUGCAAGGCGAUUAAUAGUGAUUGCUUCAACUCGACUAAUGGACCUGGCUAUUUCUGCAAUUGUUCUUCGGGCUAUCGAGGGAAUCCUUAUCUUGUUAAUGGCUGUUAUGAUAUUGAUGAAUGCAUGUCUGCUUCAAAUCCAUGCAAUUUGAAUGCAGACUGCAAAAAUUCAAUGGGAAAUUUCUCUUGUUCCUGCAAAAAAGGAUUCGAAGGAGAUGGUUUGAGUUGUAUUCCAAAGAUUGAGGGUAAUAAUUCCAAAAUACUAAUCAUUGCUCUAAGUGUUACCAUUGGCCUUUUAGUCCUGGUAGUUGCAUGCUCAUGGUUAUAUUGGAUUCAAAGGAAAAGAAAAAUCAUAAAACUUAGGGAAAAUUUCUUCAAUCAAAACGGGGGCUUGUUACUACAACAGAAGCUCUCACAACAUGAAUCAUCGUCACGCGAUCAAACGAUAAAGAUUUUCACUAUAGAAGAUCUCAAGAAGGCGACGAACAACUAUAGUGAAGACAGAGUUAUCGGGCAGGGCGGAUUCGGAACAGUCUACAAAGGAGUAUUGACCGAUGACAGAGUUGUGGCCAUUAAGAAAUCUAAGAUAAGCGACGAAAGCCAAACAGAGCAGUUCGUUAAUGAAGUUAUCAUCCUGUCACAAAUCAAUCAUAGAAACGUGGUGAAGCUUAUAGGAUGUUGUCUAGAGACGGAAGUCCCUUCUUUAGUUUACGAGUUCAUCACGAAUGGAACUCUUUCGCAGCGCAUUCAUGACGAUGAUUCUGCAUUUCCUUUGCUCACGUGGGAUAUGCGUUUGAAGAUAGCUGCAGAUACUGCAGAAGCAUUGGCUUAUUUGCACUCGGCAGCUUCUAUCCCGAUCAUCCAUAGGGAUAUCAAAUCCGCUAAUAUACUCUUGGAUGACAUGUAUACUGCAAAAGUUUCUGAUUUCGGGGCUUCCAAGCUUGUUCCUGCGGAUAAAACCGAAAUAGCUACUCUUGUUCAAGGGACUUUCGGUUACUUGGAUCCGGAAUAUUUCUUUUCAAACCAAUUAACGGAGAAGAGCGAUGUUUAUAGCUUUGGGGUAGUCCUUGUGGAGCUGGUAACGGGCGAAAAAGCAUUAUCUUUUGAGAGGCCUGAAAAACAUAAGAACUUGGCCAUGCAUUUGGUUUGUGCGAUGAAUGAAGGGCGUCUAAUAGAGAUAUUGGAUAGUAAAAUUGUUAAUAAGGAAAGUUUGGAUCAGAUGAGGGGCGUGGCUAACUUAGCCCAAAGAUGCUUGAGGAUGAGCGGGGUCGAAAGGCCUAGCAUGAAAGAAGUGGCUAUGGUGCUGGAGGGGCUAAAGAAAACAGAGAUUCAUCCUUGGGCAGAUGAUCAGUUUAAUUCAUCUACCGAUGAAACUACAGUUCUAAUAGAAAUCGAUUAUAAUGGUUAUUCCGAAAGUACUAAAGCUUAUGAUAGCUUGAGAGAUCGUAUGAAUGAAAGAUUAGAUGGUGGAAGAUAA